GAAAUAUGUGUAUAUCGUCCCCGCCCUAACAUGAUGUUGCCAGUAAACAAUUGAAAUGUAAUAAAGUUAUGGCAGCAUUGUAAAAAACUUCCUUUUCGCUCGUGUACUUUUGACAACACGAGGUUAUCAUUUUAGAAUUCUUUUCUAAAAGAUUAAAUAAUGGCCGAGGAAAACUGGAAUGAUGAUGGCAUGGAGUCAGGCGGCGUGGCCAUUGAUAACCAGCCACUGCCCCCAGCUGCAGAUAUCCCUGAAAUCAAAUUGUUCGGAAGAUGGAGUUGUUACGAUGUUCAAGUGUCGGAUAUGUCUUUGCAGGAUUAUAUAUCCGUGAAGGAAAAAUACGCAAAGUACCUACCCCAUUCAGCUGGUAGGUAUGCUCACAAGCGAUUCCGUAAGGCUCAGUGCCCAAUCGUUGAACGAUUGACUAAUUCAUUGAUGAUGCAUGGACGUAACAAUGGCAAAAAGUUAAUGGCAGUGCGUAUUGUGAAGCACGCAUUUGAAAUUAUCCAUUUGUUAACUGGUGAAAACCCUCUUCAAGUCCUGGUUACUGCUAUUAUCAAUUCUGGACCUCGUGAAGAUUCUACUAGAAUUGGUCGUGCUGGUACGGUCCGUCGUCAGGCUGUGGAUGUGUCACCAUUAAGAAGAGUCAACCAAGCCAUUUGGUUACUUUGCACAGGUGCUCGUGAAGCAGCCUUCAGAAAUAUUAAGACCAUUGCAGAGUGUGUUGCUGAUGAACUCAUCAAUGCAGCAAAAGGUUCAUCAAACUCUUAUGCAAUUAAGAAGAAAGAUGAGUUAGAGCGAGUCGCUAAAUCUAACCGUUAAGUUUUUAUAAGCAGGGGACUAAAUAAACAAAAAAUACUUA